UGGUGUUGUGGUCAUGUCUGGCGUUUGUUGCAGAAAAGAAAGAGGUUAUUGUCUACACGUGUUGAAACAUUUACUAGAAGUAUUAUAAAAACAAUUUAGAAAACAGUAAAAAUGUCUGUUUUGCAACGUGUGGUUAAACCCACCACACGCAAAGGUAAAAAAGUAUUGUUGAAGAAGGAACCUCAAGUUAUAGAAGGACCAAAGAGGGCAUUGUUUUUUCAUGGAAGAAAAAGCUCGGAAACAUGCAGAAACCUUCUUAAGGAUUUUUAUGAUUUGAAGAAACCCGAUGCUGUCAGUUUGAAUAGGAAAAAUGAUAUCACUAUAUUCGAAAAUGCCAAGGAAGUUGAAAAUUUUUGUAAGAAGCAUGAUACUUCACUAUUUCUGAUGGGAUCACAUAGUAAAAAAAGACCAGACAACUUGGUAAUAGGAAGAAUGUUUGAUUACUCUCUGUUGGACAUGAUAGAACUGAAUGUGGAGUCGUAUGAAGGUCUAAAUUCAUUUCGAGGUCCAAAAUUUACUUUAGGCACCAAACCUUGUCUUUUAUUCAAUGGACCGCUCUGGGAAGAGUCUCAAGACCUUAAACAACUGAAAUCUAUAUUCAUAGAUUUUUUUCACAGAGAGUAUGUAGAACACAUUAGGCUGCAGGGUUUGGAGCAUACCAUCUGCUUCACAGCUACCCCAGAUGGUAAAAUCAUAUUCAGAUCUUAUAAAAUGAUAUUGAAAAAGUCUGGCCUGAGAACUCCGCGAGUGGAACUGGAAGAAAUAGGUCCCCGUGCUGACUUCUCUCUCAGACGGACAAAAUUACCAGAUGAAGACUUGAUGAAGGAGGCGUGUCGUAAACCUAAAGAACUCCAAGUGACUAAGAAGAAGAAUAUAAGCACUGAUGAACUUGGCACAACCCAUGGUCGAAUACAUAUUGGCAAACAAGACAUUCAUAGUAUACAAACUAGGAAAAUGAAGGGACUGAAAGAACCUUCCUCAAAAAGAAGAAUUAAAAAAAUCAUGGUUAAGAAAGCCCUGGCUGUGAAUAAUGAUAUAAAUCAGAAUAAGAACCAGUGAAAUGGCAUUACUUCGCCGAUCUUGUGAAAAAGUAAGCUUCAGAUUGUUGAGAACACUCAAAAUGAUGAUUUGUUUCCGAUUUUGAGAACACGGUCAAUUUGAAACUAUCUUAGUCCUACCGAAACCUGGUCACAGUUUGAAUUUUGAAUAUUUUCAACAUAUUACUAAUUGAAAUUUCAAACAAAACUUUUUAUCAAUUUUUCCAUUUCAAAAAACAUUCUAGUGGCAUUCAUCAACUUGUAAUUUGUAUUAAGUCUUGAAAAGUGAAAACCCAAGAAUGAAAUUUUGUGGGCUGAAGUGGAAGUAACAUAAUAAUAUGAACUGGCAUAAUAUUAACAAUAUACUAUUCAGAAGAAUAAUGAAAAAUUCCAGAUAUUCAGUGGCUAUUCAAAUUCAAGUCUAUACAAAGGGAUGUUGUAGAUGAUGAGAGAUAGACUCGUGUAGGUUGAAUUGGAGCAAAGUUGCUUAUUUUUGAGUAGAAAUUUUUUGUUUCGGAGAUAUGAAGGAAAAACCGAAAAGUUCGGGAUUCUAUUUAGAACAUUCAUUGUACAGUAGGAGUCCGAUAAUACGGCACGUUCGGGACCGGCUCGGUGCCGGACUACCGAAAAUUCCAGUCUAUCGGGCAGUGUCCCUUCCUUUUAGUGUAGGCUUUGCCGUAAAACAAAUGUAUGUACUUUGUUUUUUUAAUUACAUACAUACAUAAAUCGUAAAUAUAAGAACAAUCAGGUUAAUAAUGUUACUACAAAUACACUAUGCAAAUACAACAAAGUUAAUUUUACAUUUCAUAUAACGUAUAUAAACGUACUGUAAAACAUAUUUCAUUUAGAUUUAAAAAAGUCACGAAUGUCUAUUUCUUUUCUAGACUUUUGGGGUAUAAAAAGUAUAAAAUUUAUAUCUAAUGUUGUUUCGAAAGUAUUUGUAUCUGAAGGAAACUUUUUUGUAUGGUCUGCAUAUCUUCAUAAAAUUUCAAAUUUCUAUUUGGAACAUUCAUUGUAUUGUCAGAAUAUGAUCAUAGAAGUUCUAUUCAAGGUAUUGUCAGACUUUGGGGUAUCAUAAACUGAAUAAUAUCAGUUUCAAUUUCAUAACGAUUGUUUUUCAGAACAAACUAAAUGGAAAAAAGUUUUUUUAUGUAAUUCAAUGUUCAUAUGAAAGUAAGUGUUUCAAAAGGAAUUUAUUUUUUCGUGUAAUUCAAUAUUCGUAUGAUAGUAGUUGUUUGGAAAGUGUUUGAUUCUGAAGGAAACUUCUUUUCAUGGUUUGCAUAUCUUCAUAAAAUUUCUAAUUUCUAUUUGAAACAUUCAUUGUACUAUCAGAAUAUGAUCAUAGAAGUUCUAUUCAAGAUAAUGUCAGACUUGGGGGUAUCAUAAACUGAAUAUCAGCUUCAAUUUCAUAAUGAUUGUUUUUCAGAACAAACUAAAUGGAAAAAGUUUUUUUCGUGUAAUUCAAUGUUCAUGUGAUAGUAGUUGUUUUGAAAGUGUCAGCAUCUGAAAGAAAUUCUAUGUAUGGUCUGCAUAUCUUCAUAAAUAGUUUUUAUUGUAGUUAUUUUCUUUCAUCUUUUCUCAUAGUUUUUCAAUGUUGGAGAA